AUGAACUUGGAGUCGUCCUGGGUUCUGUGGCAGAACGGCAACGAUGAUUCGAACAUCAGGAGCUGGGGAGAAGACAUUCUAGAGGUUGGUGAGGUUUCGACAGUUCCUGAGUUUCUGUAUAUGUGUGACAUGAUAGUUAAAAACGGAGUGGAGAAUCUGUGCUCUAUGAAUCUGUUUAAGAAGGGGAUCAAGCCAAUGUGGGAAGAUGAGGCAAAUGUGAAUGGAGGAAGACUGAUUCUUGACAUACCUAUGAUGACUCGUGAGGACCUGAAUGGCAUUUGGAAAAAGACAAUGGCGUUCUGUGUAUCAAAUUGCAUUGAGAACAUCUGUGGAUGUGUUUUUAAUGAGAAGCAGUCAGUAUACAAGAUAUCGAUAUGGUUUGGAAGAGACUAUAACCAGGACAUGAUUAAGGAGAAAUGGGAAAGUGUGCUUGGAAACAUCAACCUGCCAAUAUACUCUUUUCUGCACAAGAAGUCUCUGGACGGUACAAAGGGAGGAAAGAAGAAGUGGGGAGGAAAGAGAGAGAAGUAG